AUGGUCGGUCACGGCAUGACGGGGAUGCUCGGUGAAGAUGGUAUUCAUGUCGAUAUGAACCACCUGAAGAAGGGUGAGGUUAAUAUGGCAAUCAACUUCAAGGACGGUGUUAUAUUGGGUGCCGACAGCCGAACGACCACUGGAGCUUACAUUGCCAACCGGGUUACCGACAAAUUGACACAGGUGCAUGACACGAUCUGGUGCUGCCGCUCGGGGUCGGCCGCCGACACACAGGCCGUGGCUGAUAUUGUAUCCUACCAUCUCAACAUGUACUCGAUCACAAACAACGAGGCGCCCAGCACUCAGGUUGCCGCCGCACUGUUCCAGGAGCUGUGCUAUGAGAACAAGGACAUGCUAAGUGCUGGCAUCAUUAUUGCUGGAUAUGAUCCUCGGCACGGAGGACAAGUUUACUCGAUACCUCUGGGCGGAUCCCUCCACAAGCAAUCGUACUCCAUCGGCGGAUCUGGUUCAACCUAUAUCUACGGCUACUGCGAUGCAAACUGGAAGGAGAAUAUGACUGAGGAAGAAGGCGUCCAGUUCGUUCGGUCAGCUCUGCAGGAGGCGAUCAAGUGGGAUGGUAGCUCUGGCGGUGUGAUCCGGAUGGUGGUUUUGACGGCCAAGGGCGCUCAGCGACAUCUCUACCUGCCGGACACGGGUUACACUGGCCCAGGUGUUACCAACUAA